CAUUAGCUCAAGUGUCACAGUUCCUACAGGUUCCCCUCUUCCACGAUUCCCGCCCUUUUGAAUACCAGUUAUAUUAACAUAAAGACCUGCUGAGCUAUUUCCUUCACACCUUUAGCAUGGAUGUUAGGCCUUAAUUUAAAAGCCUUUUGCAAGAGACAAGCAAUCCAAAUGACCCUUCUUUUUGAAGGAAAGUACUAUCUUGAACUUUCUGUUAAAUUAAUAAUCUCUGGGUUUUUGUUUUGCUUUGUUUUUGUUCCAAAAGAACAAAUUAAGGCUUUGGAAACUCUACGCGUCAGUUUUGUGAGCUGUGGAAAGGAGCACUCCCUGGCUGUUUGUCCCAAAGGAAGGGUGUUUGCAUGGGGAGCUGAUUCUGAAGGCCAGCUGGGGAUUGAGGAAUUCAAGGAAAUAAUUUUUACUCCUAAGAAGAUAAAAACUCUGAAUGGUGUAAGAAUAAUACAAGUUUCCUGUGGAGACUACCAUUCCCUGGCAUUAUCAGAAGAUGGCCAAGUGUUUUCAUGGGGAAAGAACAGCCAAGGUCAGCUGGGCCUGGGGAAGGAUGUCCCCUCCCAAGCCAGUCCACAGAGGGUGAGGUCCCUGGACGGGAUCCCCCUGGCUCAGGUGGCUGCAGGAGGAGCCCACAGCUUUGCCCUGUCUCUCACUGGGACUUCAUUUGGCUGGGGAAACAACAAUGCAGGACAGCUGGCCCUCAGUGGGAAAAAUGUCCCCGUGGAAAGCCACAAGCCUCGUUCAGUUGGUGAGCUGAAGAUUCUAGAUGUGAUUUAUAUCAGCUGUGGUUAUGAACACACUGCAGUGCUUACCCAGAAUGGGAAAGUGUUCACAUUUGGAGAUAAUAGCUUUGGACAGCUGGGACACAGCCCCACUGCUAAGAAGAGUGGUCCACAACAGGUGGAAAGGAUUGGUGGCCUGGUUUCCCAGAUAGAUUGUGGAAGUUAUCACACCCUUGCAUAUGUCUACACCACUGGUCAAGUGGUGUCUUUUGGUCAUCGAUCAAGUUGCACAAGCAACGCAACUCAUCCAGAGGCCCAGACAGAAGACUUGGACAUUAGCUGCCUGAUUUCUGAUGCUGACCUUGUGGAUGUUCGAGUCAAACACAUUUUUGCUGGAACAUAUGCCAACUUUGUGACAACUCAUCAGGAUACUAGUUCCACAAAUGUUUCCAAGAAAACCUUGCCAGAAAUCAGCCGAAUCAACCAGUCCAGGACAGAACAAUGGAUGGCAGUGACAAGUGGAAGUAAUGAACGUGAAGUGGCUAAAAGUGAAAUAAACAUGAUAUUUUCAUCUUCUGCUUGUCUGACUGCAAGUUUUUUAAAGAAAAGAGAAUCUGGAGAAAUGAAUUCCAUUGAUGUGGACUUACAGAUGGCAAGAGAUACCUUCGAGAAGUUAACAAAAAAGGAAUGGAUUUCCUAUAUGAUAACUACAUGUCUCAGGGAUGAUCUACUCAGCGCUCUUCCAUGUCAUUCUCCACACCGAGAAGCGUUAUCAGUUUUCCUUCUGCUCCCACAAUGUCCUGUGAUGCAUGAUUCUAGGAACUGGGAAAGUCUGGUGGUUCCGUUUGCACAGGCUGUUUGUAAAAUGAGUAACCGAUCUUUACAAGUCCUGAAGCAGUGUUGGGCAUCUUUACAAGAAUCUUCUCUCAACACACUGGUGCAGAUGCUUAAAUCAGCCAUCGUUGCUCAGUUGAGAUACUGGAAUGAAACAUACCAAAAUAACUGCAAUGUUAAAGCCCUUCUAGAAAUGAUGAAAGAAGUGUAUAAGGUAAACAAAGCUAACUGUCAAGUACCAGAGACUACUUUCAUCAUAAAUGAACUCUCCCAUAUGUUGAACUUUUUUGAAGAAACAAGAAGAAUCUACAAUAGAGAUAACAUGGUAUUUGCAGAAAACUUCAGUCCCGUUAUUUUCAGUGAAUUUCCAUUUACCUUUGAUUUGCUAUCCAAAAUGAAAUUAUGGCAAGCUAAUUCCUUUCUGAAAAAGCAGAUGUCACAGAUGAUUCCGCCAGGAGAGAAUACGCUCCCUCCACCACCCAUAUUUUCACUUCGAGUCAGACGAAGUCACCUAAUUAAAGAUGCUCUGCGACAGUUAAGCCAGGCUGAAGUCACUGACCUUUGGAAAGAAUUAGUGAUUGAAUUUAUUAAAGAAAUUCGUUCUGUGGGUCGUGGGGUAAAGUCUGAGUUCUUCCACUGUAUAUUUGAAGAGAUGACCAAGACAGAAUAUGGAAUGUUCAUAUAUCCUGAAAAGGGUUCCUACAUGUGGUUCCCUGUCAGGCCUAAACUUAAGGAAGAGAAAUAUCUCCUCUUUGGGAAGCUGUGUGGACUCUCCUUGUAUGAUUUAAAUGUUGCUGAUAUUCCUUUCCCACUGGCUCUGUUUAAGAAACUUCUGGACCAAAAGCCAUCAUUGGAAGAUUUAAAAGAACUCAGUCCUCUUUUGGGGAAGAGUUUGCAAGAAGUUCUAAAUUAUGAGGCUGAUGACAUUGGAGAAGCACUUCACAUACAUUUUUCUCUACAUUGGGACCAACAUGAUGUUGAUUUAAUUCCAAAUGGGACCUCUACACUUGUGGACCAAACCAACAAGAAUGACUAUGUUUCUCAGUGUGUUGACUACAUUUUCAACACUUCCAUAAAGGCAUUUUAUGAGGAAUUUCAGAGAGGAUUUUAUAAGGUCUGUGACAAGAGGAUACUUAGACUUUUCCAUCCUGAAGAACUAAUGACAGCAGUAGUUGGAAAUACUGAUUAUGACUGGAAACAAUUUGAAAAGAAUUCAAAAUAUCUCUCAGGAUACCAUGAAUCACAUCCUACUAUUCUGAUGUUUUGGAAAGCUUUCCACAAAUUAACUUUGGAUGAAAAGAGAAAAUUCCUCUUGUUUCUUACAGGAAAUGAUAGGCAGACUGCAAGAGGAUUACAAGAAAUGAGUAUCACAUUUCACUGUCCUGAAACUUUUAGUGAACGAGAUCACCCAAGAUCACUUGUAUGUCAUAAUAUUCUGGAACUCCCUAAAUAUUCUACAAUGGAAAGACUGGAGGAAGCACUUCAAGUAGCCAUCAACAGCAACAGAGGAUUUGUCUCAUCUACAGUCACACAGUAAUAGUCACCUGGGAGUCUCAGCGAGGCCUCAG